AUGGGCAGCUGCUCUAUCGACUACAAACCCCAACCGUACAUACGAAUGAAUUUUCCCGUGUCUUUAAAUGAUGUUCUCUUUGUGGAAGAUUUUAUCAGCGCACAAAAUGAUGAAUGGACAAAAGAUGUUCAGAGUCGCCAUUGCCCUUCUGGCAUUUUAUCUCCCAGUCUAGCUACAAUGAAUCAAAUUAUUCUCUCAAAUCAUUCCAAUAUCGACCAAGCUGGCUCUAUCCCUGUGAUAUUUUUUGACACCCGUGUUCUCUGGCCCAAGUUUAAUCGGUCCUUACCCUCUGACUGUCCCUACCACUGUAUUUACACCAAUAGUACCGAGGAGGCUACGAAUGCAUCCAUUGCUGUGUUUACCCGCGCACCGACACGCCAACAUGCUGCGAUGUUCAAGAACACGCUCUGGGCUUUCGACAGCAAUGAGGCACCUAUUCGUAUGUCACCUAUCCAUCAAGAAUAUCGACAAAAGUUUUCCAUCUUCCUGACAAGCAAUCCCAAUUCUACCGUCUCCAAGCCUUACGGAUUGUACUGGGCGUACAACCAACCAGAAUGCGUCAUGUCUCGGAAGGAGCGAGAGCACCUCUUCCAUCAUGUGGACUCACGACACCUUCUGCCCUCCUCAAUGGGGACGAAAACACGAGUGGUCGCGUGGCUAGUCUCCAAUAUGUACGCGAUGAAUCAGAGGAAACUCUUCGUUGCUCAACUCAGACGUCAUAUAUCCAGUACUGAAGCGCCAAUAAAGCGUCGACCCUUGUCACCCUUCUCACACAAUGUAAAAAGAAAUGACAUGGUGCCGAUAGUAAUGGGAGGACGUCCAGAUGACUACUUCAAUCUCGCACCGCCCAAUUCCUACAUCCACGUAGACGAUUUUCACUCGCCUGCUCAUUUGGCAGAAUAUUUACGCUACUUGGAUGGAAAUGACACUGCUUACGCCGCCUUCUUCGCUUGGAAGGCACUUGGGACCAUUAGGAAAGCCUCAAUGACCUUCUGUCGCCUUUGUGCUCUCUACCAUCACGGUUACCUUCAACAACAAGGCAGCAGUGGUGGCGGUGUCCAUCUAGGUCACUUUGAGGAGCACCUCAAUCCCUGGAAUCUCUGUAUCGGUGCUAGAAAGUGGCCUUCUAUCGCCAAUUCUGCUCUUCUCUCCGGCCGUCCUCUUUCCCUGCUUUUCUACCUCCUCUUUUGCCUCCCUGUUAUAAACUGGUGUCUGCGAUCGCGUGCAUGA